ACUAAACAUACUACACUUGUACAUGUAUAUACACAUAAUGUCACGCACGUUUAUCUCGACCAGAAAAGUCGUAAUUUUUAUCAUUGCUAACAAAAUUAUACAACAUAAAGCCUCAUAUAAUGAGGCGUGUGUGUAAUAAUAAUAAUAAUACUAUGAUAAAACGAAUAAAACGGAAUGCAUUCAUCGCACUGCAGGACCAGCACCGAACUAUUACAAUGUACCAGCGGCAAUAGGUUUCAGUGGACAUACGUUAAUUAAACAACGACAGCCUGCAGUGACUAUCGGACUGAAACGGAAAGAACCUACAGCGGAAUACCAAUUUCUGCCGAACAACCUCAGAGAUCAUACGCGUUUCGGGAAAACACACCAGCCCAACUACAAUUUCAGCUACAGGAAACCGACGGCUUCAGAACAUAUUCCGGCUCCUAACUUUUACAAUCCGAAAAUGGACUCGGUCCGACCAAAAGCGCCGCAAGUUUCGUUUCAAGGACGCACGAAAUUCGGAUGCCUUCAAAAUUCUUAUCCGGCCCCCAACCAGUACACGCUGAAACCGGCUAUACAACGAGCAAAGCCAAAGACACAAAAAACUUUCGCACCACGCUUUCCGCUUAUGUCUGAAAACGGACCAGCUCCGAAUUCGUAUUAUUUGCCCGCACCGGACGCGUACAAAUACAAGCGGACGACAAACACGUACGCGAUACCCCGACGAAAUCCGGUGAUUACGAACGAUCCUACGCCAGGUCCUAAUAUGUACAACCUGCAUAAAAAAACUGGACAGGCCAAGACUUUCGGGAAAAAACCCACCUACAAGAAGGUUACGUAUAUAACUUAUGAUGACAACGCGUACUAGUAACAGAUUGUUUAAGUGAAAAAUAUUUUUUUUCAAUAUAAAAUAUAUUCUAGGUGUUUCUGAACUGAAACAAGGAUAUCAGCGUACUCGGUAGGGUGACCUGUUGACGUCAUUUUUGAAGUUUAAAAAUCACAUCCAUGCCCUAGGUUUUAUCGUUUAAUUCUUGUUUCUUCAAUUGAAAUAAACAAUUAUAUUUCUUGCAGUUAUAAUGUGAACGAGGUGUGUAACAUUAUAUUUACACUCGUAGCAUGGUAAUUAAUAAAGUUUUUGCGUUGUAAAAUAAUCAAACAUUUUCAGUCUUAUGUGACUAUUAUUAACUUUGAUACAUUUUUCUUAGCAGAAAUUAAGUUUUACAGUGCUCCAUUCCAUCAUCACAUGGCAAAAUACCUUUAAUGUUAAUAAGAAUCACAUCAAACUGCAAGUUUU